CAGGGACAGAUGGUGGAAUAUCCAACCAUCUCUAUUGACCGCUUUGACCGGGAGAACCUGAAAGCCCGCGCCUACUUCCUUUCGCACUGUCACAAGGAUCACAUGAAAGGAUUGAGGGCUCCUUCCAUGAAAAGAAGGCUGGAAUGCAGAAAUGUAAAUACAAGGACCGGAGGUGCUGCUCAGGAGUAGAGCGCGUGACCGGCUACGCAAGGCUCUGGCUUUGCUCUUCAGCACACACAGAAAAUUUGAAGGUUUUCCUGUACUGUUCUCCAGUUACCAAGGAGCUGCUGUUAACUAGCACAAAGUACAAAUUCUGGGAAAAACGAAUUAUAGCAAUUGAAAUUGAAACUCCUACCCAGAUAGCUUUAGUUGACGAGGCAUCAGGUGAGAAGGAAGAGGUUGUUGUGACUCUCUUACCAGCUGGUCACUGCCCAGGAUCAGUUAUGUUUUUAUUCCAGGGCAGUAAUGGAACUGUCUUAUACACAGGAGACUUCAGACUGGCAAAAGGAGAAGCUUCUAGAAUGGAGCUUCUGCACUCUGGGGGCAGAGUAAAAGACAUCCAAAGUGUAUAUUUAGACACCACAUUCUGUGACCCAAGGUUUUAUCAAAUUCCAAGUCGUGAGGAGUGCUUGAGGGGAAUUUUGGAGCUGGUUCGGAGCUGGAUCACUAGGAGUCCACACCACGCUGUGUGGCUGAACUGUAAAGCAGCUUAUGGCUAUGAGUAUUUGUUCACCAACCUGAGUGAGGAGCUGGGAGUCCAGGUUCAUGUGGACAAGAUGGAUAUGUUUAGAAACAUGCCUGAUAUCCUCCACCAUCUCACCAUGGACCGAAACACCCAAAUCCAUGCCUGCCGCCACCCAAAGGCAGAGGAGUAUUUUCAAUGGAAUAAGUUACCCUGUGGGAUUACUUCCAAAAACAAAACUGCGCUCCAUACCAUCAGCAUCAAACCAUCCACCAUGUGGUUUGGAGAGAGAACCAGAAAAACCAACGUGAUAGUGAGGACAGGAGAGAGCUCAUACAGAGCGUGCUUUUCUUUUCACUCCUCCUACAGUGAGAUUAAAGAUUUUUUGAGCUAUAUCUGUCCAGUGAAUGCAUAUCCAAACGUCAUUCCAGUAGGCCUCACCGUGGAUAAGGUCAUGGACGUUUUAAAGCCUCUGUGCCGAUCUUCCCGAAGUGCUGAACCAAAGUACAAACCACUUGGAAAACUGAAGAGAACCAGAACAAUCUAUGUAGACUCAGAGGAGGAAGAUGAUCUCUUUGAUGACCCUCUACCAAUACCGUUAAGGCACAAAGUUCCAUACCAGCUAACUCUUCAUCCUGAGGUAUUUCCAGUGAAGGCAUUGCCACAACACCAGCCUGAACUGAAACAAAGCCCUGGGUGCUACAAAGCAGACAGUGUGCAGAAGGUUUCUCUGGCCAACUUCAUAGACUGUGAAGAAUCUAACAGUGACACUGAAGAAGAGUUAGAAACCCCGCCUUCACUGCAGGGAGGGCUGGGCCCUGCCACAGUCCCCCAGCAAAAUGCUGAUGCAGACACACCACAGUGGGAAGUGUUCUUCAAAAGAAAAGAUGAUGUCACAGAUGAAUGUUUGGAAUCUCAGUCACCAAGGCUCCUCACUGACUCUGAUGGAGAAUCCACUCACAUCUCUUCCCAGAAUUCAUCUCAGUCAACACACAUAACAGAUCAAGGAAGUCAAGGCUGGGACAGCCAGGGUGAUACUGUUCUGUUAUCUUCCCAAGAGAGAAGUGCUGGGGAUAGCACAUCUUUGAACAGAGAUGCCUACACACCAAAAAGCAGAGAGAAUAUUUCCGCGUCUCAAAUGGAACAGAAUGCACAUGGUCCACAGGAUUCUUACUGUGAUUCGAAAAGCAGAGACGAAGUAAAUGGAGGACCUCACAUUGGAGAACCCGAUACUGUGAGCGGCAUGAAAUCCCCACCUGAGGAGAAAACAUUACCAACCAGCACACAUGCGGACUCACAGAGCUCCUCUGAUUUUGAAAUCCCCUCAACUCCAGAAGCUGAGCUUCCUAAACCAGAGCAUUUACAGUAUUUAUAUGGAAAACUGGCAACAGGUGAGAGUAUAGUUGUUGAGAAAAGAAAAUGCUCACUCUUAGAUUUUGAUGCUGCAACACAAUGUCAUACACAAAUUUCUGGGCCACACUCAUAGCGGUGGAUGUAUAUGGCCCGCAGGUUAGACACACCUGUUAGAGCAACCACUAAAAAACCUACACAAAGCGAUACAUUGGUAUAAUAAUGGAUCAGAAUGGAAUACUAAAGUAUGCUCAAAUGACAGGGUCAAAACCAGUGUUGCAUGAGAUUGUAGAACUAAAUCUAAACACAUUAAUCCUCACAAUAAAUGCAAAUGAUGUAAAGAGAUUCAUAAAAACACAGACUCAGGGAAAAAUAUAAGUCAACUAUGCUGUUUACAGAAAGCGCAAUUCAAGUGAUGUAAAGUUAAAAGGACAAUGUAAGUAUGAAGCCAGAGAGACUAUAAUAAGAGCAGAUACUGUCCUAGACAAAUGUCUAACUCACCAAGACAGUGGAAUAAUAGAGCUCUUGCCUAGCAUGUAUGAAGUCCUAGGUUCAAUCACCAGAAAAGAGACCAGAUAAUACACAAAUACAAAAAUUUUAACAUGCUUCUCUUAGAGAAAAUGGUAUAUAUACAUUAAAUCAGUAUACAAAAUACAAAAACUGACCACCACCAGAUAACUAGAUCUGAUAAAACUUUUACUUCACAGCAGAAUACAUCUCUUCAAGUAUGUGCAGACCAUUCCACCAAGAUACACUGUAUCCUAAAUCAUGACAAGCAGUCUAGAAGAAAAGACGGCCCUAUUAAAGUAAACUGAUAGCACAGAGGCAGGGCUGGAGAGAUGGCUCAGCAAAACACUUGCUAUUUCCAACACUUACAUGGUGGUUCAAAAUUGUAACUAUCCUGGAGGACCCAGGCACACAUGUGGUGUGUGUACAUACAGGCAGGCAAAGCACACAUAAAAUAAAAAUCUUACAAAUCACCAGUGAGCUAGGCAAGGCUGUAUUCUCACUGUUCUGGAGGCUGAGACAGGAGGUCAAGCCUGGGCAACUUAUCAAGAACUGUUUUAGUAAAUACAAAGGUCACCAAUACAAUGAUGUAACUGAAACUACAACAAUUACAAUGUAAAGGAAAAUGCUUAGAAUGGCUAACAUAUAUAUGCUCUGUGAAUUGUGAAAUUUGCCUUAAAGUACAAUGCUUUUGUAUUGAUGUAUAUGAAUUUAAUAAAUCUUUAUAAACAUC